AUGGGGGGCGCUGCUUCUGCUGCUGCAGCUGAAGACCCGCAGCCGGAGGAAAAAUGGCUGCUGGAAAAUGUGCUGUUUUUUGACCCCAAGAAUAGCCCGGGGCGGGGGGAGGUUGGGGCAGCAGCAAGCCGCAGGGGCCCCACAGUGCGGCGGUUUACGCCCAGCCGCGCGAAGCUGCGGAACCGGAACUUUCGGGUAGCCGGCAAAGAACUCAAACAAAUCUCCACUGCCAGCAUCAGAUACAUUCAGCGCAAGGACACCUCUGCUGAGGUGUACGUACGGACCGACCGAAGGGAAACUGCGUCUCUUUCUUUCGAAUUUGAAAACGAACAAGAGGCGGAAUUAUUUGCAGAAUAUGUUUUGACUUUGUUUGGGAUUCAAGUGCAUUUCUUUGGGACGAAAAGAAUGGGAAACGCGCGGCCGCUAGACUUAAGGGACCGGUCUGACUCGAGCGAUGAUUCCAUCAAAAGCUACGAGCCAGAGGUUAUGCCCAAAAGGCAAAAUCGGGCCCAGCGGAGGGCGCAGGCGCUGCAGGCGCGAACGGGCUGCCCCUUGCAUGGGAAUGAGCCUUGCCGCUGUGCUGUGGAGAGGCCUGCUGUGGACUUUUUGAAAAGAAAUAAAUACGAAACAGAUUCUUCUUCUGAUGAAGAAUCUGAAAUCAACGCCAGCCAUUCCCUCAGAUACCCAAUAGCCAUAGACGGGCCUUGCGAAGCAGGCAAAGAGCUGCGGCUAAACGACUUAGGCGCUCGCGGCUACGGGCGAGUCAAAGCCAAAGUGGCCGAAUGGUUUGCAGCUUCCAGGCCCGGCAAAGACCCAGUCUUCCCCCCCACCUGCGAGGCCGUGGGCGUGGCCUUUCGCCUGCAGCACAGACACGUUGGCAGGUAUAUCCAGCUGAGAGCCUCCCGGCGUCUGGAUUCCUCAAGUUCAAAUCCCUUUGUCUAUUCUUUGGCUGUCAAGGGCCCCGUAACUGUUGAUGAUGGAACUGCGAGAGAUAUGCUGCUUAUUUUGACGCAACGCGAAGUGAGCUACGAAGUCACUUGCAAGGGUGCAGAUCUGCAGCUGCUUUUUGGGCUUUCCCCAGCGGCCGUGGGGUCUUCGCCGUUUUUCGAUUUGACUCUGACUAUGACUCGAGAGGCGCUGCUGUUGUCAGUUUCAGUGCCUUCUGCGGAAAACCCAGUGGCUUUGCAAAUAAAUUAUAAUUCUUUUUUUGUUUCUUUGUUGGGAGAAGAAGAAUUAGACGAAAGAGAAGAAGAACUCAAACUCCGCCUCCAUUUGCCUUUCUUCAGCCCUCUGAAGAGCAUUUUUCAAGUUGCCACGGCGGAGAUUUUUUUGCCUUCUGAAGCAGCUUUGCGGGCAGUUUACCACACAGUUUGCUUCUACAGACUGCAGCGGGGCAGAGGGUCCUUCGACCGCUGGGCCCGCGACUUGGAAACGGGAGAUUAUUCAUUUUUGAAAAACAAAUAUGCCCGACUCUGGGCAGACACCCCGUGGGGUGUCUUCGCAGCUAUUGAAGGCACCGCAGAACAAGAGGCAAUCAACCCUUUGGCUUAUGCGCAGCAGCUCAUUGCUAAAUACCAACACGAAGACCCAAAGCCGCAGUAG